AUGGCGUCCAGAUCCCCAACGGCCUUCACGCCCUUACCGAGACCAACCUCCGUGCCCGAGACCCCCCUCGUGAAGGACACCCCCGUUACACCUCAGGCAGUUCCUUUUCCACCUCCGCAGACUUUCGACAUAAUCCCACCCUUGCACGGUCUUCUGCUUCGCCUGCUCGCGUCGCCCGGCACAACUGGCCAUGGCGUGAGGGCCUCAGAAGUCACCAAUGGAGGCUCAGGCCCUGUCGGACAACCCACCAGCGCUCCUGGGCAACCUCACUCGCAACCUGGGAGUGAGGCUCACGGCCAGCCCGGGGUGUUGGUGACAGUCCCUUCUGCAGGGCCUGGACCGGUUUCUGCCUCGGCUGAGCUUGCAGCCUUGGGGUCGAAUGUACCCCCGCCGCUCGACAUCAAAGACCUCCCGACCGAGGUUAGCUCGAUCAAGAUUCGAAUUCAAAAGGCGCAGGCAGUGGUAGAGAAUCUGCCUGAUGUUGAUCGCUCUGUCGCAGAGCAGGAGGAGGAGAUUCGAGAGCUUGAGGACCGGAUCGCAAAACUCAAGACAGUUAUCUCUGACUUUGGCCGCAGAGCUAGUCCU